CUCAUCACAACUCAAACCAAACCAUUAAUUCUCUCAUAUACCUUUCUUCUUCUUCUUGGGCAGUUCAUAAUUCAAGCCAUGGCUUCUUCUUCUGAGAAAUCCAUCACCACGGUGCUAUUCCUUCUGGUUCUCACAGUGUCCAGCAUGCUGAUAAGUUCGAGUGUGGCAGAAGCUCGUCAACUACUGCAAACAACACAGCCUUCGAUACCAAACAUGCCUGGAAUUCCAAGUAACUUGCCUAAGCCAACAGGAUUGCCACCUUUGCCUUCAAUCCCAACAAAUAACAUUCCUCCUCUGCCAACAAAUAUCCCAAAUCUGCCGAAGCCCAUUUCUCUUCCUCCUCUUCCUUCUACGCCCACCAUUCCUAAAGUGCCACAAGCCUCACUUCCUCCGUUGCCUAACAUUCCUCCUAUUCCCACUAUUCCAACUACUAUGCCCUCCUUUCCAUUCCUCUCCCCUCCUCCUUCUAAUUAAUCUUAGAAAACAGUCACUUGUUGUCUAUCCACUGUUAGUUUCUUGGUGGGGGUCCUUAGUACUCAUGUAAUACAUUUGUAUUGGCUGAAAUUUUUUCUUGUAUUUCUGCUUGGAAGGAUAUAGUUUUAUGUCACUAUAUGUCAUUUAUUUUUAUUGUUUCUUUUGGUUGUGUGUGAAAUUUAUGUUAUGGGAAUCAUGUGUAGAUUAUUGAUUAUUAUACAAUAAUGAUGCAGUUGCUAUGA